ACCUCUGUUUCAGUCAAUCACAUUAACCCAUUCCAACAGCUGUAACCAUGUCGAAGCUCACUUUAGACCUCAGCCUGGCUUCUAGCAGCAACAGAGGAGCGGUAAUUUUAAAGCCUAACGUGGAAAACAAUCCACCCCAGUCACUCAUUUUUUACAUCCCCAGAAACGGUGAUACAUGGACAACCUGUUUUACAAGGUUGUCCAUGUGUCCAAACAGAAUACGUUCCUACUAUAAGUAUCCCUUGCAGUAGGAAAAGCAGGAACUUCAGACUCGUAUGUGAAAGCACCAUGGCUACAAAUGGGGCGUGUGAGAUGACUCUGGAGACUACAAGAGAAAUGUUUACAGAACUGUGGCAGGAACAAAGAGCCUGGAGUCAUUGCCAGUAGCUACUCAGACAGCAAAUAUUUUCUUCUCUGCGAAAAGUGGGAGUCUGUCUACAUCUUUAUUUGAAGAAAAAGCUUCCAGAUUUUCUCAAGAUCUCUUCAUCCAUGACAAACGUGUCUCAGAGAAUGGAGACAGAGGAGGACCUCCUCACUUUACUCCACAUCAAGUUUUACCACCCACAGCAACACUGUAAAGGUUUUUAUGGCUUGCUUCCCUUGGGGACCAGGAGCAGACACUCUGCCGAUGAUCCUCUCAGGCUGGGCCGCGACGCCCAGGCCUGCACCUACUCCUUGGCUGACCCCAAGGUGUCCCGCAAACAGCUGGCCCUAAGCGCCUAUUGUACACCCCAGAGCCCGGACAUGCUGUUCUCCAUCCAGAACCUGAGCCAGAGAGGGCAACUGUCAGUGAAUGGAUCGUCGCUGGGUUACCUGGAGAGAAUGGACCUUCCAGACAAGGCUCUGAUCCGGUUCUUAGAGUAUGAGAUGCUCAUCGUUCGGGAGUCUGGAGAGGCAAAGACCAGUUUUGAGGUGGACAUGGAGGUGCUGACAGUGCCUCCCUCCAGGGAGACAUGCACCUGUGUGCCUGGAAGGGCACCAGUCAUGGACACGGGUAUGGUGGACCAAAACACAGCCUGGCCUGAAGAGACUGAAGAGACUCUCAUCUGUUAUUCUAACUGAAAAUUACCAACAAACCGAUAUGGACUUUUUAAACAGCAUGGUAUGUCUGGGAUGAUAUUCACUUUUUCUACUUGUAUUGUAUUGAGCCAUAUGUCAUGAAUAUAAGAGUUAAAAAUGUAGCAGAUUAAACUCUUCCAGUUUCCAUAAAAUAUUACCUACAUC